CAUAAAUGAAGAACAAGGAGGUCUCGACCAAAAAAAUAAAAAAACAAGAAGAAGAAGGAGGAGGACGGUUAUCUCUCUACUUCUUUUAGAAGUAGAAUCUAAACGAAAAAUGUACAAGACGAAGAAGCUAUGCGCUCCUCUCUCCACCAUUUUUCGCGGAGUUCUUCCAACAACACGCCGUUUGUCUCCUUACUUUUCAAAUUCACGAAUUCCAUCUUUAUCCUCUCACCUCCAAUCUUCUUCUAGGGUUCCUCCACGCUACGCCCUCCAUUUUCUCCCAAAUUCAAACUUUUCCUUUCAAAAUUUAUGCUCUCAAUCCGCCGCAAAGCUCGAUUCUUCAACAAAAAGGUGUUGGAACUGCGUCGCCGACAAGACUGGAACGACGCCGUUCCUCUAUUGUGAUUCCUGCAGGAGCAUUCAGCCCGUUGAUUCAUCCAUCGAUUACUUUCAGAUUUUCGGGCUAGAAAAGAAGUAUGAAAUUGAGGUUGACGGUUUAGAAGGGAAGUACAAGGAUUGGCAGAAGAAAUUGCAUCCUGACCUUGUUCAUUCAAAAUCCGAGAAAGAGAGAGGAUAUGCUGCUGAACAAUCUGCUCGUGUUAUCGAUGCAUAUCGCACGCUUAGCAAGCCGUUGUCUAGGGCAAUAUACAUCUUGAGGCUUGAAGGAGUAGAUGUUGAUGAAGAACAGACGGUUUCUGAUCCAGAGUUGCUCACUGAGAUUAUGGAAAUCAGGGAAGCUGUAGAAGAGGCUCCGGAUUCACAAGCUCUAAAUCAGAUUCAAUCUAAGAUGGAGGAGAAACUGCAAGAAUCAUCUAACUCCUUUGUGAAUGCAUACCAAAGCAGGAAUUUUGAUGAAGCUGUGGCUUGUAUCCAGAGGAUGACUUACUAUCAGCGUGCGAGUGAAGAAAUUUUGAAGAAGCUUUGAUAGAGGUUCAUACUGCUCUAGCAAUGUUAUUAUAGGGUCAACAACUUUAAAGAUUGAGGAGAUGACAACAGAUGUAUGAUUUGAUUGAACAUCUGGUUGAUGACUCCUUGAUGCUAUGAAAAGCACCCAAACUCUUAAUCUUCUUAUCUAAGUAAAGAAUUUCUUCUUCGAUCGAUUACUCUUCUUCACCACUAACCGAAGCCAAGAUUUGUUCUAAUUCCAAGAGAGUUUUCAAGUAGCCAAUCAUGAAGGGUAAGGUUUUACAGUUCCAGUGGCUAAACCACUGAUUGAUGCCGUCGCUGCCUUUACCAUCGCCGUCGGAUUUCGGCGUCUUCUCCGGUGAAUAGCACCCUCUUACGAUUCCUCGAAGCUCAAAGCCGGAAACCUUUUGAGUUCCUAUUUGCCACCAUUUAGACUGCCGCCAUCCGGCGAGCUUCCAUGUUUUUUGCUUAUCUGCCGCCAUUUACAUCGACUUUCAUCAACUCGACUCAAAUAACUCGUUGUCAGGGGAAAUUGCUCCAAAUGUGCUGCAAUUUUUAUUUUUGAAUUUAAAGCUGACUUUGGUUUUGAUGA